AGGCUCCUGCAGUUGGGGUCAGAACUUCUCGAGGCCUCAUGGGUGAAGUUAAAACUUUGGCCUGGACUCCUGGGAGGGGAGAGAAUGUUGGGGAGAGGUUAUGGAAAGGGGUAGAGUCUGGGGGCAUUAAUAGUGGGUAUAGUCAGUGGGGAUCACCAGGAAGUGGGGUAAAGAUCACCUGUAGAUCAGGUGAGGGUAGAACGCCUUGCGAAGGAGAGCUUGCGAAGCAGGAUGGUCAGACCAAGGGCCGGUGGAAUGGGGGAAGGGACGUAAAUUGGAGCUGAGUUAGAAUAUCCAGAUGGACAGAGAGGGUGGGGAUUGGACUCAGGAUGGGCCCGGCACUGAUACACAAUUCAAGGGAAAAUAAGUCAGGGCGGGACUUUAGGGAAGGAUUGUGGGAGAAGAUAGAAUUUUAGCGUAGGGAGUAUAGGUAAAAUGUGAGGUUAGAUAGACCGGAAGUUCUGCUGACCCAAAGCCCGUGCUGGAACCGAAGGGCGGACAGAAUGUGGAGCACGAACCUGAAUGCACAAGCCUCCUGGAGCCUGCAGUGCCUGCUGUGUGGGAGGACCGGGAAGUGCCAGGUGGAAGAGUGUGCCCGUGGCCAGGACCUCUGCAGGACCACGACCUUGCGCAUAUGGGAAGGAGGUGAAGAGCUGGAGGUGGUGGAGAGAGGCUGUGCCCACCCGGAGAAGAGCAACAGGACCAUGAGCUAUCGGACAGGCACGCAGAUCAUCACUCUUACGGAGGCCCUUUGCGCUACCAACUUGUGCAACGGACCCAGCCCUGGUCGGACUUCCACCUUUCCCCGAACCCGAAACCGUUAUCUCGAAUGUGUUUCCUGCGCCUCCUCAGAUCUGAGCUGUGAGAGGGGCUGGGAUCAGAGCCUACAGUGCCGCAGCCCUACAGAACAGUGUGUGGAAGUGGUGACCCACCGGAGCCUGGAAGGCAGUCCAAGGGAUGAGCACCACACCCGCGGCUGUGGCAACCUUCCGGGCUGCCCGGGCCCCACCGGCUUUCACAACCACCACACCUUCCACUUCCUGCAGUGCUGCAACACCACCAAAUGCAACGGGGGCUCAGUCGUGGAGCUUCAAAACCUGCCUCUGAAUGGCCUCCAGUGUUACAGCUGUGAGGGAAACAGCACCCAUGGAUGUUCGGCGGACGAGACUUCCCUGACCGCCUGUCAAGGCCCCAUGAAUCAAUGUCUGGAAGCCACGGGCACUAAUGGGCUGGGCAACCCGAUCUACACAGUACGAGGCUGUGCGACCCCCUCAUGGUGCCAGAGUCUCCAUGUAGCUGAAGCCUUCAGCCUGACCCAUCUCAACGUCUCAUGCUGUACUGGAACGGGUUGUAACAACCCCCUCCGGGAUCACCAGCCCCGCAUGGGCGGUGCUCCCCGGCCUGGUCCUGCCCACCUCAGCCUCACCACCACCCUGCUUAUAACCGCCAGACUAUGGGGAGGCACUCUUCUCUGGACCUGACCCCCUCAUACACUCCCCCUACCCUGGCUGGAUCCAGGGGAGCCCUUUGCCCUCCCCUUAGCUCCCAGCCCUUCAGACUUGCUGUGUGACCUCAGGCCAGUGUACUGUCCUCUCUGGGUCUCAAUUUUCCCAGCUGUCUCACAGAGUUGGAGAACCAGAGGAGAAAAGCUGGAGAAAGACUGCAGGCCAGCAGGAGAGGUCUUGUUAUGUUAGUGUUUUUGUACCAUUGUUGUUAUUAUUAAUUAAUAUUUGUUUUAUUUAAUAUUUUAUACUUAAAUA